CUCUGACAGCCACAAAGACUCGGCAGGAGAAGCUCACCCCCGCGCACCUCAUGCUUGGUCAACAUCUCGUGCAACACUCCACGCUGCCACACGUCACCCCCACACCCCCCUCCCCCCAUUCCACAUUGCUGGAACGUGUCACACCGUCACAUUGCGGCAGGUCACACCUGUCACGCCCCUCCUCCGAGCCGGUUCCAACGUUCCAACGUUCCAACGUUCCAAUGUUCCAGAAAACCGCCCGAGUGAGCUUCCGGCUUCCGCAGUCAAGCAUGAUACUUUGCCUUUGGGUCGGCCAUCGCGUAAGUAUAUCUCCUCAUCGUUGGCGGUGCAGUGCAGGCCGUGCAGCCGAGUGUGCCGUGUCACGUGUCUUCUUUACAAACUGCCACAGUCGCGCGACCGACAAAGCCCGUUCAUCGCUGCACUGCAUGGCUGGGGGCUGCAUGACUUGCAUUACCUGCUGCUGCAUGACCUGGCAAUGGGCUAUGGCGUACGGCCUCCGGCCUACGUCCUACGGCCCAUGCUAUGUCCCACCCGCUACGCGCCGACUCUCGACUCUCGACUCUCGACAGGAGGGGCUAGGCACGCCGGAACCGCCUCGGAAAUGGCUUCGGGAGUGUGCACCCCUGCCGUGUCCCAUCCGACAGCGGUGCCGGCGGCGUACCCGUCGCGGGACGCAAUGUAGGCAUGUGGUUCGGAACGGCGCGUGCUGCUCGCCCGACUUGACGGCCCGGCCUGACUUGAGACAAGCAACUCAAGACGAGAGGCCGGGUCCGAGACAACCUUAAGCUGGCCCUGCGGCUGCGGCUGCGGCUGCGGCUGCCGCAUCCGUCAGAUGGCAGAUCAGACUGAUAGCGACGGGCGGGGGCGGGAGGCGAGCCGCACGGCGGUGAGCUUAUUGUGCGUAUCUGGUACAGCUGAUGGGGAUCCGGGGACUGAGAUGGCCAUGUUCGUGGUAUGGAACAUGUCGUGGACUGUAGGGUUGUU